UUUUUUUAAUGAAUUCACAGGCUUUAAAGCUGUUCUCCGAACACGUUUAGCACUAAGUCUACUAUAGGCCUAUUAGUGUAAAUAGGACGUGGUGGGAUUUAGUUUGCAGACGAGUUCCUUGUCAUGGCGUCUCCAAACGUUUCUAAAGAGGUGAUCGAUGGUAUUGAAGCUGUAGCCCUUGAAUGUUCCUUGUGCAUGGAACGUUUCAAAAACCCGAAAUCACUCCCGUGUAUUCAUUCGUUCUGUCUUGGAUGUCUUGAGAAGUGGGUGAAAGAAAGCAACGGAAGACGUUUUAGCUGUCCAAUAUGUCGUGAGGUUUGUCAAGUUCCAAGGGGUGGUCUUCAAGAUUUAAAGAACAACAGUUUUAUCAUCGGAUUGUUGGAUUAUGUGACAAAAUUGGAGGAUAAAUCGGAUCCCCCCUGUGGUUGUAAGAGGGAGGCAGCAUUCGUGUGUCAAGACUGCGAUGAGCUGUACUGUCAAGAUUGUAAAGAUACUCACUGCAGAAUGAAGAUUGCAAAAGAUCAUUCUAUAAUUACCAUAAAAGAAUACAACAGUCGUGACCCUGCGGAACGUUUUGCAUCAAAACAUCUUAACUGUUCCGAACAUAAAAUGCCACUGCAGUUCUUCUGUGAAACGGACAAGAUACCAAUAUGUGUCGGAUGUAUACAGGUUCAACAUCCCAAGGGGGAAUCCCAUAAAAUUAUUGAUAUAAAGGAUGCGUUUGAAUCCUUCUCAAACCAUGCAUCACAGCUCAUCAAGAUAUCAGAUAAGAAGUGUCUUGGUUUAGAUCAAAUGCUUAACGAACUUAAAGAAAAAGAAUCUGAGAUGAAUUCAAAUUUCACAAAGUGUGAAGCAGACAUCGCAAAACAAGCGGCCGAGCUACAUCAAUUGAUCGAUCGACAUAAGGAAGAACAACUUCAGAAUCUUAAAAAAUGUCAUAAACAAAAUUGGAAGACACUGGAAACUCAAGCCAGUGAGAUGGAACUGACAAGGUCUAAACUAUCUACUGUGCGUGAAAUUACGUACAACCUGACUAAGAGUCCAAAUCAGACACUGGCGCUAAUGUCAAGCCAUGCUGCUUCAGAACAACUAGAGAAACUACUAAAUAGCGCAUAUAGUAGUACAAAACGUAUUGGUGUUGAGGUUCAGACAAAUAAAGGUAUCUUAGGGUACAAUCCAAACCGUAGAUCAACCCGAAUUCUGGCUAGCAAUGUGGUAGACAGGCUGCGUAGACAGGAGACUCGCAUUUCACCUAGUAAAUCAACUGUUACAUUUACCUUACCAAGGUCCAUGCUUUCAUUUUUAGUAAAUAAAGAUCAAGAUAUUAUUAUAAAUGUAAUAACUCGAAAUUCACUAGGUGAAACUGUGUAUGUCGAAGAUGCAGAAGUCAAAUGUUUAGGAAUAUUUCUAACUGCAAUAGAUCGUUGCAAUAUGUUAAUGAAAGAGAUUAGUGUUACCGACAAACAUAAUGGUUGUUAUGAAAUAUGUGGCAACAUUCCUCUUCAGCGAACUACAUUUAUUUGUCUCAUUAUUGACAGAUCUGAUGUUUAUGUCAACACAAUAUUUUUUGAUAAUGAGAAAAGAAAUAGUAAGAACACGCGCCACUUUGAAUAUCUCUUAAAUUCGUAAGGUUUCCGUCAAAUCUUAUACCACAAUAGAAAAUUAUAUUCAUUAGGAAGCCAAUCGUUAUGAUAAUUUUAUAUGUACAUACAUUAUUAUUAAUAUCGGUAAUAUCAUAAUCGUCUUUAUUAUUUUAUUUAUUA